CGGUAUGUAGCGGCGGGCGGCGGAGCCAGGGAUUUACAAAGAGGGGAGAAAAACGCGCCUCGGACGGAAAAAUAUAUCACCGGCGGGAUUAAAACAACAACAACAAGCCCACACCCCCGAGGAUGAGCCGCGCACCGUGCGCUUGAAGGAGAACCACAACGAACGCGCCGUUAUCCCGCUCGUUUUAUCACCGUUCUUCUCGCCGAAAAAAUGGCGAACGAGUCACCGGCCAAGAGUCUGGUGGACAUCGACCUGGCGUCUCUGCGGGAUCCUGCCGGGAUCUUCGAGUUGGUGGAAGUGGUUGGAAACGGCACCUAUGGACAAGUGUACAAGGGUCGACAUGUCAAGACGGGACAGCUGGCGGCCAUCAAGGUCAUGGAUGUCACGGAGGAUGAAGAGGAGGAAAUUAAGCUGGAGAUCAACAUGCUGAAGAAAUACUCGCACCACAGAAACAUCGCCACCUACUACGGAGCCUUCAUCAAAAAGAGUCCGCCGGGCCACGACGACCAGCUGUGGCUGGUGAUGGAGUUCUGCGGCGCCGGUUCCAUCACGGACCUGGUGAAGAACACCAAAGGCAACACGCUGAAGGAGGACUGGAUCGCCUACAUCUCCCGAGAGAUCCUCAGGGGAUUAGCUCACCUACACGCACAUCACGUCAUCCACCGUGACAUCAAGGGACAGAACGUGCUGCUGACGGAAAACGCCGAGGUGAAACUGGUGGACUUCGGUGUGAGCGCUCAGCUGGACCGGACGGUGGGCCGGAGGAACACCUUCAUCGGGACUCCGUACUGGAUGGCUCCAGAGGUCAUUGCUUGUGACGAAAACCCAGAUGCGACGUAUGACUACAGGAGUGACCUGUGGUCCUGUGGAAUCACAGCCAUAGAGAUGGCCGAGGGAGCUCCUCCCCUGUGUGACAUGCAUCCAAUGAGAGCCCUCUUCCUCAUUCCCAGGAACCCCCCUCCUCGACUCAAGUCCAAAAAAUGGUCGAAGAAGUUCUUCAGCUUCAUCGAGGGCUGCCUGGUGAAGAACUACACCCAGCGUCCCCCCACGGAGCAGCUGCUCAAACACCCCUUCAUCCGGGACCAGCCCAACGAGAGGCAGGUCCGCAUCCAGCUCAAAGACCACAUCGACCGGACCAAGAAGAAGAGGGGCGAGAAGGAUGAAACUGAAUAUGAAUACAGUGGCAGUGAAGAAGAGGAGGAAGAGGCAUCUGAGCAAGAGGGAGAGCCAAGCUCCAUCGUCAACGUGCCGGGCGAGUCCACCCUGCGCCGGGACUUCAUCCGGCUGCAGCAGGAGAACAAGGAGCGCUCGGAGGCCCUGCGCCGCCAGCAGCUCCUGCAGGAGCAGCAGCUCCGCGAGCAGGAGGAGUACAAGCGGCAGCUGCUGGCGGAGAGGCAGAAACGCAUCGAGCAGCAGAAGGAGCAGAGGCGGCGGCUGGAGGAGCAACAACGGCGCGAGCGCGAGAUGAGGCGGCAGCAGGAGCGCGAGCAGCGUCGGCGCGAGCAGGAGGAGAAGCGGCGCGUCGAGGAGAUGGAGCGGCGUCGGAAAGAGGAGGAGGAGCGCCGGAGGGCCGAGGAGGAGAAGAGGAGGGCCGACCGCGAGCAGGAGUACAUCCGUCGGCAGUUGGAGGAGGAGCAGAGGCACCUGGAGAUCCUGCAGCAGCAGCUGCUCCACGAACAGGCCAUGCUGCUGGAGCAUAAGUGGCGGGAGCUCGAGGAGCAGCGCCAAGCACAGAAGCUCCAGAGGCAGCUGCAGCAGGAGCAGGCCUACCUGCUGUCCCUCCAGCAGAACCAGAACCAGAACCGGGACAGUAGCAAAGCGGCCCAGCAGCAGGGCACCAAACCCCCACAGAACCUUGAGCCCGACGGGGCAGAGCCCCCGCAGAGUCCAGGCCCGGACACAGCAAAGCAACCGCAGGGCGCUGACGUUGAUAAGCCGCGGUCGGGUCAAGGCCACAGUCUGGAGAAAAGUACAGACGCCGGGCUACCUGUCGCCGACCCCCAAGGCCCCGUGCCUGACUCCGAGUCGGUCAGAGAGGCGGAUGAGCGGUACCGCAAGAACAACCAGGGUUCACCUCAAGCGGCCCAGACUAAACCACCGCAGCCGCCGGUGCCGCCGCGCUCCGAGUCGUCCUACCCCAAUGGGAACCCGGCAUCUGAGGCGGCGCCGGCCAUGCACCGCCCCGCGGACCCACAGGUCCGCUCCCACGUGGCCGCUUUAAAGAGCAGCGGCAGCGUGGCGUCGAACCCCUGCACCGCCGCCGCGCCCGUUGCGUCGCGGCCGCACUCCUUCAGCGAGCCGCUCGCGCCUAGCUUUGAAAAUCUGCACCUCCGCAACAGCCAGGAACACCACCAUCACCCUCCUUCAUCUUCAUCACCAUCCUCCUCCUCCUCCUCCUCAUCAUCAUCAUCAUCAACAGCCACGCCUGCACGCACUGACCCACAGCCCCGCCCCCAGGCCAGGGCCUCGCCCCGCGAACUGGCCCCUUCAGAGGAGGUCCCGCCCAGGGUUCCUGUCAGGACUACAUCAAGGUCCCCCGUGCUGACAAGGCGAGACUCGCCUAAGCACCACGGCAACGCCGCACACGGCAGCCAUGCCGCUCACCGCAGCGCUGCCAGUGCAGCGGAGCCUCGGCUGCUGUGGGAGCGGGUGGAGAAGCUGGUUCCCAAAGCGGCCAGUAACAGCGGCAGCGGAGGCUCCAGUUCCUCCUCCAGCAGCUCCAGUAACUCCAGCUCUCAGCCCGGCUCUCACUGCGGCUCUGGAGAGAGAUUCAGGGCCCGCUCCUCCUCCAAAUCGGAGGGCUCACCCCUCCAACGGCCAGAGAACGCUGGGAAAAAACCAGAGGAGAGGAGGGACCUGGUCAGGCCGAGCAGACCAGCGGACCUGACGGCUCUGGCCAAGGAGCUGCGUGCAGUGGACGACGUUCGCCCCCCGAACAAAGUGACGGAUUACUCGUCUUCCAGCGACGACUCGGACACCACCGACGAAGAUGACGACGAGGAGGUGGACCAGGAGGCGGGCGAAGAGUCGACCUCUGGCCCGGAGGACUCCAAAGCCGUUUCCUCCAGGCUGAGCAACGGCGAGACGGAGUCGGUGAAAACCAUGAUCGUUCACGACGAGGGCGAGAGCGACGCGGGGUCGACGCCCUGCAAAGACAGCACCCUGAUCGUCAGACAGAGUGCAGGUGAUAACAGAAAGCGCCAGAGCCCCGGCUCUUGCCCCAGCCCGGGCCAAGCGCAGACCGCCGGCCUGCUCGCGGGCUUCGCCCCGAGCCCCGGCUCGGGCUCCGGCCCGGGUCUCGGCAACCACACCCCCAGCCCCCACCACCACCACCACCACCACCACCAACAUCACCCCACACAGCACGCGGACCGCAACGGCUUCGCUGGCCGCAUCCACCACCUCCCAGACCUGAUCCAGCAGAGCCACCAUUCCAGCCCCUCCUCCUCCGCAUCCACCUCCCCUUCCUCCUCCGGCUUCGCCAGCCCCUCCUCCAUGUCCCCCCAGAGUCCCCUGGACAAGCUCGGCAUCCUCCUCGCAGAGAGCCAGUCUAGUAACAACAUGCAGAAACACAAGUCUUCUUCCUCCUUCACGCCGUUCAUCGACCCGCGCCUCCUCCAAGUCUCUCCGUCCACCGGCAGCGCCCUCAACAACGUCGGCUACAGCAACGAAGCGCGGCUGGCAGAGGCGCUGCGGGCCGACCCGUCGCGGAAGGGCUCCGUGGUCAACGUCAACCCGGUCAACACUCGCCCGCAGAGCGACACGCCGGAGAUCCGCAAGUACAAGAAGAGGUUCAACUCGGAGAUCCUGUGCGCCGCCCUCUGGGGGGUGAACCUACUGGUCGGGACGGAGAGCGGUCUGAUGCUGCUGGAUCGCAGCGGUCAGGGGAAAGUUUACCCUCUUAUCAGCCGACGGCGCUUCCAGCAGAUGGACGUCCUGGAGGGACUCAACGUUCUGGUCACUAUAUCAGGUAAAAAGAACAAGCUGCGCGUUUACUACCUGUCCUGGCUGAGGAACAAGAUCCUGCACAACGACCCCGAGGUGGAGAAGAAGCAGGGCUGGACCACCGUCGGAGACCUGGAGGGCUGCGUCCACUACAACGUUGUGAAAUAUGAGAGGAUCAAAUUUUUGGUUCUGGCUCUGAAGAACUCGGUGGAGGUCUACGCCUGGGCACCGAAGCCCUACCACAAGUUCAUGGCCUUCAAGUCCUUCGGCGACUUGGUGCACAAACCUCUGCUGGUCGACCUGACCGUGGAGGAAGGUCAGAGGCUGAAGGUCAUCUACGGCUCCAGCUCGGGCUUCCACGCCGUGGACGUCGACUCCGGGGCCGUCUACGACAUCUACCUGCCCACACACGUAAGAGAUAAUAUCUCACUUUCACUUCUGCUGGUGUGGAAGGAUAUUCACGAUUUGACUCCUUUCCUCCUUUUUCGUCUGCUGCGUCUCGCCCUGCAGAUCCAGACCCAUAUCCAGUCUCACGCCAUCAUCAUCCUGCCCAACACUGACGGCAUCGAGCUGCUGGUGUGCUACGAGGACGAGGGCGUUUACGUGAACACCUACGGCCGCAUCACCAAGGACGUGGUGCUGCAGUGGGGGGAGAUGCCGACCUCAGUGGCCUACAUCCGCUCCAACCAGAUCAUGGGUUGGGGGGAGAAGGCCAUCGAGAUCCGCUCGGUGGAGACCGGACACCUGGACGGCGUCUUCAUGCACAAGCGAGCCCAGAGACUCAAGUUCCUCUGCGAGAGGAACGACAAGGUCUUCUUCGCCUCCGUUCGGUCCGGAGGCUCCAGCCAGGUCUACUUCAUGACUCUGGGCCGAACCAACCUGCUCAGCUGGUAGAGGUCCACACGCCCUCCUCGCCCUCCUCGCCCUCCUCGUCCUCCUCGCCCUCCUCGCCCUCCUCGUCCUCCUCGUCCUCCUCGCCCUCCUCGUCCUCCUCGUCCUCCUCGUCCUCCUCGUCCUCCUCGCCCUCCUC